GGGAGUUGUCAAUCGAUAAAUGCUUACCUCGCGUUCGCUUCUGUUUCAUUUUUGCUCUAACAACCAAAGAUGAAUCUGAAGUUCUUUCUAGCUGCCUUCACGUUCCUGACAUUUUUGUUCAUUGCCACUGCACAAAAACCUCUGCUAUGUUACUACGCCAGUUGGGCCUAUUACCGCCCCGGUCGGGGCCAAUACAGGGUAGAGAAUAUCGAUCCUUGGCUGUGCACCCAUCUGAUGUACGCUUCCUUUGGAAUGGACGAAGAUGCUAGCAUUGUUUUCAACAAUCCUGCUCUGGACAUUGAUAUGGGAAAUAUUCGACAGUUUAACGAACUUAAAAACGUGAACGCGAAUCUGAAAACUUUUGCUGUGAUUGCUGGAUUGAGCGCUGGAUCUGUAACGUUUUCGCGUGUUGCUGCCAGUCCGAAUUUAAGGCAAAGAUUCGCCGAAUCAGCAAGGAAUUUCUGUUUAGAACAUGGAUUCGAUGGCGUUGAUAUUAACUGGGAGUAUCCGGGAAGGUACGGAGGAGAUCCGGAUAAUGACAAGGCUAACUUCGUGCUGAUGCUUGCCGAUCUGAGGGAAGUGCUCUCUGCGAGUGAUCUAAUGCUAACGGCAUCCGUUGGUGCUGCUCAACACCAUGUAGACACGUCCUACGACGUACCGGCAAUAUCGCAGUACUUGGACUACAUUAACCUGAUGACUUAUGACUACAACGGUGCGUGGGACGCCUACACCGGUCACAAUGCACCGCUCUACUCUGGUCCUUCGGAAACGACCAAUUUUCAGAGAACUCUGAACGUGAACCAUAGUGUGAUGUAUUGGUUAUCAGAGGGAGCACCGAGCAACAAAUUGAUACUGGGAAUUCCUUUCUACGGUAGAACGUUCACUCUGCAAAAUCCAGAUAAUUAUUGGCUCCGGGAUACUGCGACUGGUCCGGGUAGACCUGGAUCAUUCACGGGAGUGGCAGGAGCUUUGAGUUAUUUUGAGAUAUGCCCAUUUGUUACGAGAAUAUGGGAUCGUCAUUGGGAAGAUAAUCAGAAAGCAGCGUUUGGCGUGAAUGGAGAUCAAUGGGUUGGUUACGAUGAUGUUGAAAGUGUCUUAAUUAAGUGCUCUUACGUCGAUGAACACGGCUUGGCUGGGAUAAUGGUCUGGACAAUGGACAGGGAUGAUUUUCGAGGAUACUGCGGCUCGAAUAACCCGAUGCUGAGCACUAUUCGGGAAUGCUUCCGGUCUACGUAAAUGUGAAGAGUUAGAUUGAAGUUUUCCAGCACAUUGGAGUGCAAUAUGUUGGUAUAAAUUUAAGAAGUAUAGAAAACACUCGAAGAUAUAAUCAGUAAGCAGCGACAUCAUUCGAGAACGAAUUGACGAAUUUAUUUGAUUCUUUUUAUGUUCAUUUUUUCGGUUUGGCGUCGAGUCAUUAUGCUAUUGAAUAACGAAAAUCAACUGGAAAAUUUUUCCGUCUUUAAUUGCCAGAGCAGCACUAUCAAUCAAAGAUAACAUUGGGACGCGUGUGGUAGACAAUAAAUUUAGGUAGAGAAAGCGUUGUUGUCAAGGCGGUCGUCAAGUAAAUAAACACGUGUUUAUGACUCACCAGAAUGUUGGACUCGUUUUUGCGUCGCUACCACGUUUCUACAGUUGCAAAACCACCCCACUAUGGUCGGAAUCGUGAAAUUUCACGACAAAAAUCUGUAAUUCGGACACCAUAGAUGCUAGUAAUUUCUUGUCUUCUAGAAAGUUUCUCUACUAAGAGAAAUCUAUCUUUUGGUAUGACUGGUUACUAGGGUGGUCCUAUUGUACUCAAAAUAAAAAUUGUAACUUUUUUAUCUUACGACAUAGAGCAAUAUUGUCUUCCACAAAAUUAUAGACAAAUUAAUUUUAAGAAACUUCGCUAAAAAAAUUAUUUCUCUAUCUUGUUUUUUAACUGUUCUAUGGCAAUUUUUCUAAUUUGGGGUGGUUCAAAAAAAAAAACACUAUUAUUGCUCUAGUUUUUUCAGUUCUAUUCGGAUUUCAAAGUACUGUUCGAAUGACAUUUAGGGCGUGAAAAACUGCAUAUUUUGACACUAAUAGAUAAUUGCUAACUAUUUAGAGAAAAAAGUUACAGGUAUUUUUUUGUUCUAAAAUGACACUUUUUGGAGGCACCCUACUCC